AGUUUGUAUCUUUUUGUGAACCGGUUAGUUCUGAGCCAUGGCCCCACGACACGCUUUCAAGGUCCUGUGCCCCGAGCCGCUGGCCAGCAGCAUUUUGGGGUCCAAGGGCAGCACCAAGGAUCGAAUUCAGGAUGAGUGCCAUUGCCGUUUGGUGAUGAGCAACCGGGAUGAUUUCUAUCCUCACACCCGCUUGCGGCUGGUGGUGAUUCACGCCGAUGAGCAGGAAGGGUACCGGCUGUGGAGGAUCCUGGAACUUCUAGUCCAAUGUGCAGAUGCUGAACGCACUUCGCCAGGUCGUACAGCGAUUUCCGGGGAGCCGGACUUCCUUGGCAAGGAGCAGGACGAGCUGGUAGUGCGCUUGGCGGUCCCGGUCCGUGUGGGCUCUGCGAUCAUCGGGCCCAAAGGGGCACACGUCCAGCAGUUGAAUGAGGAGUGCUCUGCGAAAGUCGUCAUAGACAAUGAGCACAGGGCUGGACACCAAGCUUGCCGUGUGGCGGCGCCUUAUGACGGAGUUAGGAUGGUGCUCAGCCGCAUCAGCGACCGCAUGGCUGAGGAGCUGGAAGCCAGGCCUCAGGACUUCGAAGUGUGGGCGAACUUGCGUAGCUUCGAGGGGAUCGAGGAUGGCCACGGCAAAGGACGAGGGCGUAGUCGAAGUCCGCACCGGGGCCUUCGCAUGUCUGCACCUGGCAUGGAGGCGCUGCACAUGGCGCUGGAUCAGCUAGGUAAAGCCGUUGACCUUGAGUACGAGGUGACUUGCGAGUUGCCUCCUGAAAAAGUCAGCGCCAUGAUCGGUCCCGGUGGGCAGAUCGUUCGAAACGUGCGGCAAAGCACCAGCACGAGCAUUCACUUCAGUGAAGUUUCUGGCGCGAGGGAGCAAACAAUGCACAUCAAGGGCCCUUUGCUGGGAGUUUACAGGGCCCACGUCAUGAUGAUGAGAAGAUAUCACGAGCAUGAAGCGGAGCUGCAGUUUCCCCCCAAAGGUGCAAGUCGACCAGGUGUCAAGGGUGAGAGCAAGGGUGGCUAUGAGAAGGGCUAUGACAGGAGCUAUGGGAAGGGCCAUGAUGGCAAAGGCUAUGGGAAGGGCUACGAGAAGGGAAAGGGCGGAGGCUGCGAUGGGAAAGGUUUCGACCGCGGCUAUGACCAAAGCAGGGAGAAGGGCCGAUUUGAUGUGAAGGGCAAGGAUAAAGGUAGAGAUGGCUGCUGGAUCUGGCCGCUUCCCACAUGGAUCUGGUGCCCGAGAAUCGCGCGAAUCCAGGGAGCAGCUGGAGGGCAUGCUGGCAAAUCUCGAGCGGCAGCUGAACGAGGUGAAGGACAAGCUCGGCCGCUGAGAAGCGAGGUCAGAGCCUUGCUGCGGCGUGCUAGCGGAAAAGAGCGGUCGGGUGAAGCGGUUAGUGCCAAUGGCCAUGUGGAGGUGAUGGAGGCCUAUCCAUGGGCCUUCCAGGUCCAUGUCCUGGGCCGAGUUCUAGAGACCGCGAAGAAGCCCCUCAGCUCGGCCCCCACGGACGAGGACGCGCACGUGGUGAACUUCUGGCCCAUGCCCUACUUCAUCGUGGCGAGCUUUCUGGAUGCCAACAGUCUAGCAGCCGCGGAUGCUGCGUGCCAAGCCUUUCGGACUGGGGUUUGCGGUGAGAUGAGUGUGAGUCUUUGUGUCUUGCAGAUCGAGAUGAUGGAGUUUCAGGGCCUCGAGUUGGAAGAGGAAGGCACCUUUCAAGGAGACGACGGUGCUCCAUCUGGGUGGAGCCUACCCCCUCUUUUCCGGUCCAACGUCGGCGUCCAACCGGGGCUCCCGAAGGAGACGGCACUGCUGAUCCUGCCCGCGUGGCGCGAGUGGCUGGGGAUUGGCGCGGUCGCUUCGCCCGCUUCCGAAGGGCGCUGCCCACAUGCCCAGCGGCCCAGCUUUCGGCCGCCCUUUGCGGGGCCUGAGAUCAGCAGCGUGGAGCAGGCGGAUGAGAUAGCGUACUGCCGGUGCGCUGACGUUCUGUCGCGACGGCUGGAUGUGGGGAUCUACGUGGAGGUGGAGGUCUUCACGAACCCCGACAAUGUGAGCCUGGCGGUGGUGGACUUCGAGGUCACCUUCAGCCCCGACACCGGCGCCGUGAUCCGAGAACGGAAGGUUCGUGAGGCGCCGCGCAAGGUGGAAGGCGCCUACAUCCAGCCCUUAGCGACCAUCACGGCCGGCCAGGGAUUUGAAGGAGUGUACCUUGGUGCCGGGAAUCUGGCCUUCUUCAGGAGGGAUUUCGGCCUCACGCCAUGCUUGGCCUUCCGAAAUGAAGGCCUGGUGCGAAACGAGGAGGAGGGAGAUCACUUUGUCACGGGCGGCUACUUCGUGCGCAUGGUUUGUGUGGGCAACGCACCGCCAGAGACUGAGAGUUGGUGGAUGCUGGUGGCUUGGGCAUUACAGAAACUCGACUCUACGACUCUACGUUUGGAUUCAUGCAUAUUAUCCUCAGCCUUAGGCGCCUAG